AUGAACGCUUAUAAGAUCAUCGAUGUAAGUGUUUGGCAAGGCAACAUUGAUUUCAAUGCUGCAAAGGUAAAUAGUGGUAUUCAAGGUGUUAUGAUCCGCGCUGGUUUUGGUUCUGCAGCUGGCCAGGAAGAUAAACAGUUUGCUAACCAUAUGCGCGAAGCAAUUGCUGCAAAUAUCCUUAUUGGUGCAUAUCACUAUGGUUAUGCUAGAACAGAAGCACAAGCAAUUGCCGAAGCAGAUUUUUGUGCUAAAAUUAUCAAUCCAUAUAAGAGUCAUUUCAGAAUGCCAGUUGCCUAUGAUGAUGAAGAUGCUACAAUGAAUGUUGGAAAAGUUCAAACGGCUAAAAAUGCAAUAGCUUUCUGUAAUCGAAUGAAAGCUUACGGAUACAAGCCAAUGGUUUAUUGCAACUUGAACUGGGCCAGAAACUAUAUUGAUAUGUCUAUGAUUAACGCUGCUGGAAUUGAAGUUUGGAUUGCUCAAUACAACUCUGUUUGUCAGUACACUGGACCCCAUACAAUGUGGCAGUACACUAAUGCACUAAAAAUUUCUGGUUACUCUGCCUGUGUCGAUGGAUCCUGGGUUUAUAAGAAUUAUUGA